AUGAAAUCAGCAGCUCUCCUAUCAUCUGCGAGACUACGACUAGGUCGGGCGAGCAUCAUAUCCCGCUCUCUCUCGACGACAGCGAUCCGCGCCAUGCCCACUGCCAUUGCGAGGGCUGAGAGAGAAGCCGACCUGAAAAAGCACCCAGAGAGCGCACUGACACAAGAAAAGUCGCCCGAUCGACCAGGAAAUCGGCAUUGGACGGCAGAAAAGGCCACCGACAGCGAACAGGAUAUCCACGCCGACAAGGAAGCCGUUUUUGAAGCGAAAGACGAAACCGUCGCAAAGCAACACGAGAACACCACAAACCCAAACAUGUAA